AUGGAAAUAAAAAAACACGGUAGCUUUAAAUGACUUUAUUGUUUUUCGAAGUAUUCUCCACGAAGAUUAAUACACAUCUGCAUCCAAUUUUCGAAGCACCAGAUCCAAAACGGCAUUUUUGAAUGCGUCAACUGCUUCUUCUGGUGACUGGAACCUUUGACCACGCAGUCUGUUUUUAAUUUUCGGGAAAGUGAAGAAGUCGUUAGGACUUAGAUCGGGACUAUAUGGA